GCGCGGCACAUUUUUCGGUCCCUCUUCUUUUCUGUCCGUCUCGCCGGCGAGCGCUUCUCGAGAUGCCCGCCGCGGCGGCGCGCUGCGGCUGCCCGCUCCUGCUCCGGCAGCAACCGGCGGCCGGCCUCCGCCGUUCCUUCUCCUCAUACUCCGGCAUGCGGCGUGUCUGCGCAGCCGCAGGGGGUGGGAGCGGGAGCGAGGGGCGGCCGCCGGCGUACGGCGGGCUGCUGCUCGACGCCGGCGGCACGCUGCUGCAGCUGGCGCGGCCGGUCGCCCAGACGUACGCCGCCCUCGGACGUCCAUACGGUGUGACAAAGCGUGAAGAGUACAUCAAGCAGGGAUUCAAGCGGGCCUUCUCUGCGCCAUGGCCGAAGACGCUCAGGUACCAGGGUGAUGGGCGGCCAUUCUGGAAGAUUGUCGUGGCAGAAGCGACAGACUGCACUAACAAUGAUUAUUUCGAAGAAGUAUAUCAGUACUACGCUCGUGGAGAUGCUUGGCGUCUGCCGGAUGGAGCUUACAGAACACUGCAUGAUCUGAAAGAUGCGGGAGGUUAUGCAACCUUUAAGCUAGCUGUCGUAUCCAACUUUGACACACGGCUAAGGAAAUUGCUUAAGGAGCUCAAUGUCUCGGAUCUGUUUGAUGCCAUUAUAGUAUCAUCGGAGGUUGGAUAUGAGAAACCUGCUCCAGAGAUCUUCAGAAUAGCGUUAGAUCAAAUUGGUGUGGAAGCCAGCAAAGCAGUACAUAUCGGGGAUGAUGAGACUGCUGACAAGGCGGGUGCUAACGCUAUAGGACUCGAGUGCUGGUUGUGGGGAGAAGAUGUCAAGACAUUUUCUGAGAUACAGGACCGAAUUCUAGCAAGGAACCCGCAAUGAGUGCGGAUUUGGUGUUGGACAUCGUUGGACCUCUCUGCUGGUGAUCUGCACGAAUUGUUCAUUUGUUUCAAACUUCUGUUUUCAUGACCAGGAAGUCCCGAGGGCUUUUGUUUAUCUGUUUUAUCGCACGAUGUUCUUGCAAUAAACCAGUGCACCGCCAUGUACAAAUACAAGUGAUGCAUAAACUGGACCAAUUUUAUGCAGAUUUGGAAUGAAAUGGAAUAUAAAGUACCACACA